UCGUUUAGUUUGGAACGGGCUUUCGUCAUUGUUGGACGCCUUUUUUGAGAAAUUUGCCUCUUUUUUGGGAUUUUUUUCGUUUAAAAAUAACUUUUAGAAACUCGCGCGCGUCAAUUGUGAAAAUUUUUAUUGAAUUCGGUUGGAAGUGUGAUAAAAUGUUUGUGAAAUCGUUAACGAUGAAUAACGUAAUGCGUCGUACGAGAUAUAAGAAAACGCAAAAAAAGCACUACCGUUUAUCAAUUGAAUGAUUUUUACUUUCAAAUAAAAAGAAAAUUUCAAGGUUUUUUCGUCAAAUUUAGUCAAAAAAUUAUUUUUUUUCGUCUUCUGCUGCUACAUUUUUUUUUCGAAUCAAAAAACGAGUUAGAGAGAAAUUUAUCAAUAGAGAUUUUUUGGCCCCCAAAUCACAAAUUUUUAUAAUGUACAACAACAACAACUACGGUAGCGAAAAAGUCCUGAACUGCCACAAUUUCGGCAGCAAUUGGUAUCAACAAGAGCCGAAUGUGAAUUCGUGGUUAGAUUUCAACAACUAUCCCGACAACAACUCUUACUUCAAUUCAGGUCAAUCCAACAAAACGCACGAUUUCGUAUUAAACUUUGACGAAAAUCACGCUCAAUACAACAAUUUAACGAAUAAUUAUCAACAAAGCCAAGCACAAAGUAAUGUCACAGAAUUCAAUUGCGACAUGCGAUACAAUACGAGACAAGCAAGUCACAUUGCACCAAUAACGACAACGACACACGAUAACGUGCACGAAUCGCAGAGAUUAUCAGGGAAUUUCGUUGGAAGUCAACAAUUUUCGAAUGAUUUCUAUCAGGUCCCGUUGGUUUCGCCCGUUUCGUCGGAUCGAUCGUCCAUUAGUGAAGCUUCGUCGCGCGUCACGCACAUUUAUGCGGAGAAGAAAAGGCGGCAAAAUAUCAAGCAGGGGUUUGAUGCGUUGCGAGGACUUAUUGGAGGGACUAAUGGAGGGUAUAAAAUCAGCAACGCUCGUCUCCUCACGCGAAGUCGCGAUCACAUCAAAAACCUCAAAAACGAACGUUCAACCAACGAACAAAAGAUCAAGGCACUCCAGAUGGAGCUCAAAUCCUUAAACGCUUCAAUCAGCAACAUCCAAGAAACCCUUCCGAUGAUGGGAGCAACUUUCGAUGAGAAGCCCAAAACCGCUGCGGAUUUCUUCGCCGCCUACUUGAAGGCCGAAACGCAAAAAAAUUGGAAAUUCUGGAUUUUUGCGAAAAUCUGUCAACCGGUUGUUCAGGCAAUCGUUGCGGGAGACACGAAAAAUCCCGAGAUGCGACAAGUUGGAGAAAUCGUUGAAGAAAAAUGUCCGAUGAUAAAAAUGCGCCUUGCAGCGUCAAAUAUGUUGAGGGAAGUGUCGUUGAACACGGAUUUACUGAUGGAAAAGGACGCAAAGUUGGAUGAGGAGAUACGGAAGUUGGUCCAGAAGGAACAAUAAACAGGAGAUUCACUUUUUUUAAAGUUUUAUUUUCAGGUGUUUUUAUGAAAUAAAGUUAUUCAAACUCUUUGUAGAAGAGAAAAUUAACGGA